AUGCUGGUUCGGAAUGGCAUACCGAACAACAUCACAUCGAACUAUAACACUACUGCUAAUAAUGAGGAAAAUAUCUGUUCUUUAUUGUUAAAAAGUGUGGAUGAUGAACGAGUUGAUGUAUUACGGUCUCUUCUUGAACAGAUCGUCUCGAAGUCAAAUUUUCACGAGCAAGUAAAUCAGAUAUGUUAUAAUGGAGGGACGGUGCUACAUCAUGCAGUAGUUCGAAAUUCGGUGGAUAGUGUGCGAACGUUGCUAUCAGCAGGUGUAAACCCUUGUGUCCAAAACGACAGUAAUAAUACAGCGUAUCGGUUGGCGUCCUCAGAAGAGGUUAAGAAUGCAUUCGUUCAAGAAUUAUUGCAAGCCGUUGCCCAGUCAAAUUUGGGUCGAGUUUGUCAAAUGAUAUCCGCUGGAGUUAGCGUGGAUUCGAUUGAUACCGUGAGUACUGGCAAUACUGCAUUACACUGGGGUGCAUCUUAUGGAAAUGAAGAUGUCGUGAGGAUACUGUGUCAGAGUGGAGCAAAUAUCAACACGUUAAAUACGAAAAAUGAAACAGCAUUACAUGACGCAGUACGCCGAGGAAAUGAAGCCGUCGUAAAAUGUUUGCUAAGCUACGGAGCAGAUCCAAGUAUUAAGAAUAAAAGUGGAGAGGACUGUUACGAAUUAGCUGCAAAAAUGGGAGGAACUAUGUUGCCUAGCUUGAGUUUGAAUACAUUGAACCGUAAAAUUCGUCGUACGACAUCCAUAGAAUCAGAAAUUGAUCGCUCUUCUUUAAUAUCAACCGAUACAACGACGUUUGUAGAAAAAACGUCAAAUUAUAGCGCUGGUCGACUAGAAAACUGGAUUGACUUAUUAUGGCCUCAGCCAAAAUAUAUAGAUCUAGAUGAAAGGGAUCGCACUUGCCCAUAUCCAAAAGAUGGUCGCUUAAAAAUCUAUUUUGAUAAAGCUAGUGAAGCAGAACCGCGACGUUUAAUGCAAAUAAUCCAGAUGUCAGCACCUAUACUUUCAACUGUUCAUCUAGAAUUGGAUUAUAGGGGUCAUGGAGUUCGAGAGCAGUCUUCUUUAGAUGGCCGAAUUACGUGUGGUAUUUUUAAAAAUGGCUGUUGUUCUGGUGCAUAUACAUUGACGAUCGAUGAAGAUGGCAUAGAAAUAUAUGGAGAAGAUCCUACCGGUGUUCGCCAUGGUUUUUCCACUCUUGUACAAAUACUGAGAAUCUUUAAAGAAGGUUCUGAGAUUGUUAAUUCAAAUACCGAAACAUCAUUAAUAACACUGCAUGAAACACUGCCUGAAUCUACAGCAAAGAUCACUGGCACUGUAAAUAAUGAACAACCAAAGAAGAUCGGUGCAAUACCCUGUCUAACGAUUCGUGAUUCUCCAGACUCAUGCUUCCGAGCUGUUUAUCAGGAUUUUAGUGGCUGCAAAAUACUGAACACAGAGACUCUUUUACAACUUGCUACUCGUAUUGGUUAUUGUAAAGCGAGUCAUCUAUUCGUGAAUUUCGAAGUGCGAACCACCGAUCGUUAUCAAUUACCUUAUACAACUCGAGACUUGUUUCAGAUAACUCAAGUUUGUGAUGAACUUUUUAUUAAGUUUGUGCCAUCGCUUGAUGUCCAGUCCAGUUAUAUUGAAUUAGAUUUGGCCUGGCGAACCAUCGAUUCGUUUCUGGAUGACUUCCCACUCACAAAAGUUGUACAUUUUGGUCCAAAUUUGGCAGUUAUGGUAAUAUCAAAUCGAACAAUUCUAAAUAAUGUGCAAAGAAGAAUACCAAAAAUAUAUAUUUCAGUGGAUAUCGAUAAAAAUAACGCCUCUUUGAUCAAUCAUUUGCCACCGUUUGUUACAAUUUGUGUGGAAGGAAAAUAUCCAUUUGAGGCUGAAAAUUUGCUUUCACCACGUCUAAAUGUUGUAUUACGAUUUUCAACAAGCGAUCCUGGUUUUCUUUGUGCUGCUCCUGAAUCUGUAGCUAAGAAAGCCUUACUUGCUACUAGAUUAGGCAACAAGUUCCCAAUUUUAGGUACAAUGGUGUGCGAUCUAUCAACCGGCUGCGAAGUAAUGCCACCAUCACUGUCAUAUAUGUCUGAGUUAGCUUCAUUAGGCGUUUGUUGGAACAAAUCUGUUGAUGUAAAACGUUUUUGUUUCUUGUUGCCUCGAAUAACGGCGGAACACUUUCUUUUGGAUGGUAAUAUGGAAGCUUUGUUCAAGCAAAUGUCUACGGUUGGAAAAGUUGAACAUGAAAUAACACGAUAUAGUUAUGGCUUAAAAGUUACUGAAAGCACUGAGGAAGUGCAAGAACAGUCACCAUCGCCGUCAUCAAACAAGAAGAGACCAAUUUCAGUAUUUGUAGAAAUGAUAUUAAAUCCAGAUAAUAUGGUUUUAGAACGACUUACUCCGGUCAUUUUCAAGAAAGCACGGAUAGAAUUAAAACGUAGUUUGAAAAUAUUAGAUCGAGCAAAAAAACAUCUCCCUUAUAACUAUGAAUUGGCACUCGUGCUGGCCGAAAUACAAAUUAUCACCGAACUUAUGGUUCUUGCUUGCAAAUUAGGCCAGUCGCUUUGCACGUAUGGCAUUAACCCAUCGUUAUCACCAAAGAAUCAAAAAUCUUCAUUUUCGCCUAGCGAUAGAUUGCUCCAAGAAACGAGUCUUGUUGGUUAUGAAAUGGUUAACAUUGGAGUGUCCAAUUUACCACCAGUUGUACGCACUGAUCUUGCUAAUAGACUUCUUGAAAUUCGCAGCCGUUUCCAGCACACGUGGCUAUCACGAAACAUUGCGAGUACUCUUCCAAAUGCUCUAAAAAUAUUCGACAAUCUUUUUCGUGCAUUGCUUCCACCAAACAUGCAGGAUUAUGGGAGGAACUUACUUUGA